ACAUAGAAAAAUUAAAAAUAUCGUCUGUUAAUUAAAAAUAAUCGAUAUGGCUGUAGAGAGUAGUUUGUUGCAGACGAAAUGGAAGUAAACUGUGUAUAUUCCAUGUGGUGAUAGACGUUUUUAAAAACCCACAUGGCAGCUCAAACUCAACAGACAUUGUCAGUGGAAGUCUCUGAAGUUGAUAGAACAAGCGAAGAAGUAGAUCCACGAGUACAAGUUGAACUAGAGAGAUUGAAUACUGCUACUGAUGAUAUUAAUAAACUUGAAGUCGAUUUGGAUGAAGCUCGGGCAGCGUUUAGGCAGCUUCUGUGCGAGUCGACAGUUCGUAUUAAUGGCCUCGCCAAGAAGCUUGGUAAUUGUGUCGAAAGAGCGCGGCCGUACUACGAAGCUCGUAUGAAGGCAAAAGAGGCUCUGCUGGAGACCCAGCAUGCUGCCGUGAAGUUCGAGCGCGCAAACUCCGCGCACGCCGCGGCCAAGGAGAUGGUGUACCUCGCGGAGGAAGGGCUCAGCACGGAGGGACGGACCUUCGACCACGCCUGGCAGGAGAUGCUGAACCAUGCGACGAUGAGGGUGAACGAGUCGGAGCGAGAUCGCACCCUCGGCGAGGUGGAGCACCGCCGCACCUCGCAGCAGUACCACCGCGCCGAGAUGCGCGUCCAGCAGCUGCAGAAGGAUCUCAAAAGGGCGAUAGCCAAGUCCAGUUUGAAUACAAGGCGCAGUUUGCUGCAGAUUAACUCUCUUGCCUACCAACAUCAGUUGCUGCUCCUGCCGUACUUUGAGAUGAAGGCUCAGUUCAACCAAGUUCUCGAGGAACAAAAGAAGAGAGUUAAGUCCUUGGAACAGCAAGUUGGGCAGGCUAAGAUGAGCUAUGCAGAAGCCCUGCGGAAUUUGGAGCAAAUCAGUGAUGAAAUUCAUAGGGCGAGGAAGGGGGAUAACCUGAGCGUCUCCCGGCCGGAGACCCUGGGGACGAGGAGGCCUGGUGUCGGGGCCGACUCGCCCCUGCCGGCCACGUCCAGCACCCCGGACACGACGAGCGAGGCAAAUCCCAUCGAGCCCCAUCCCUUGCUCAGCUCCUCGUCGCAGCUGGACACCGAUGCGUGGUCGGACUCCACAGGAACUGGACCUCCCGACUCUGAUUCGGAAGAAUACUUGCGACUGCCAGACAAAUUGGGUCCUGCUUCUUCACCUACUCUCACGAAGGGUGAAAAGGAGAGUCACUCAGAAGUAUCAGACUACAUGAGCCUGUCUCAUUUAUCAUCGAGACGUAAAAUUGUUAAAGAGCAUGAUUCUCCAGUCUCCAGACCAGUGGCAGAACUACCUGUUUGCUCUCAGGAUACGCUGCAGUCUUCUUCCAUGUCGCCCCGCCACGUUGCCAUCAUGGAAACUAGUUUUGUCAGCCAGCAGCAGCCGAGGCCUCCUUCCACACCCCAAAGUGAAGCCUCGCUGGGAUCUCCACUGCUGCACAAAGAAGACUCUGACGACCAGAUCUGGACGGAAAUCAGCCUGGUGGAUUCCCCCGAGGAUGCGACUAGCCACACCUUCGUCAAGAUGGGGCAGAGUGCGAGAAACGUUUCGGACAGGGACUAUGCGAGCUUCUCAUCUCUUGCCAGCAGUGGUGCUAAGAUUCCUCAGCAAUCUGAGAAGUCUGAUCCUAUUAGUUUCAGUAGUGUGAUCAAAAAUCCUUUUCUUCCAAUCGCAAGCUUCCCGGAGAAGAGUUUUCUUCCGCAGAGUCCUUUGUUAUCCAGAGCCAAAGCUUUCGGCAAGUCUGACUCUGCGACCGCACAAGAAGUUCCUACGACUAGUGGCAGUGGUGAUGAACAGGUGGCAAAAACUUCGAAGCCUGGAGCGAUCGGGCUUUUCCGAGCUGCGACGGUGGACAAUUCUUCUCAGUCUAGCAUAUCCGGGUGGAUAGCGAGAUCGGCUAAAGGCGCAGAAGAUAGCAGGCGGCAGAGUUUGGACACGCUCUGGAGUGGCCCGGCGACAGAGCGCGUCAAGGAACUCCUGUCUCACGGCAUGAUGAUGCUGAACAUAUCCUCUCUCACGGAGAGGAGAGGCAGCGACCCUAAAAGUGGACAUGUCGAUGAUAAGGUUGACACUGAAGGCAACCAAGAAGGAAGAAGCACACCAGUUACAAAGAAAGUACCAUCACCACUUGAAAAAUCUCUGGUAUAUCUAAAUGUUGAAGAAGACUCUUUAUCUGAUAGUGAAAGCUUGGCAAGCGUGGAGAUGCUGACGGACGAGCAGAUCUCGUCCCUGAUGCUGGACCAGGAGAUCCAGGACGCCUGCGAGGAGGUCCUGGGCACCCCCAUCUCGGAGAUAUCCCCCCUCAUCCAGGAGCUGAAGCAGCGCGAGCUGGAGGAGCAGGAGCAGCCGGACAAUAAGUUACCCUCGUAACUUGUGCGCCGUGUAAAUUUUACGCUCCUGCCAUAGUAAUUUUUUAUCAAUAUUUUUUUUUUUUAAUGUUUGGCAGAUUGUCCUGAAAAUGGCCGCUGUACAAUUUGUACGACAGUAAUUAUUUUCCUGUUAAGGAAAGAAAUGGUUGUUUUGUACAUAGUACUAAUGUUUUUUUUUUUUUUAAAUUUAAAAAAAAAGGAAACCUUUUUAAAGUUCAUCACAGUAUUAUUUCCGCAGAGAUGAUUGUGUUCUGACAGAAAUUAAUUUGUGGGCGAGGGUCAUAAGGUACAUCAAGUAUAAUUUUUAAGUUUUAAUGCUUUUUGUUAAAAAAAACAAUGAUGUUGACUUGGGCAAUUUUUUCGUUACCAUGAAGUGUAGGUUAUUUGAGAUGACUUUCUAAUAUCUAUGCAUGCAGUUUUUUUUUUAAAAGCAGUGGAUUCUCAAAUGAAUUAUUAUUUGUUCAGAAUCUUAACAUUUUAGUACUGAAGUAUUUCCUUUGAAAUGACACCCAUUAACCAUGCUUAAACAUACAUAAAAGUAUAAACUUUAGAAUGUUAUGUUUGUACAAUAGUAUAACUUUUUUAUUCCUGUAUUUGAGACAUUAAUUUAUAAAAAUUUACACAUUUUAUUUUAGAUUUAAACCAAUAUAUGCAAGUUUAUGUUGACUAGUAUUCCAUUUUAUGUUUUGAUGUUUUACUCCUUCAAGUAAAUCAAAAAGCAAUAAUAUAUAACUUUCAGUUUAUUUUUAUUUAUUUGUAGAUGUUAUACUUUACCAACUCUGCUUUUUAUCAUUAUUCUUGAUGUCCAUAAUCCACUGUGUGAAAAAUUGGAUUGGCCCAGCUAAGAUGACCUAAUGCAGUGAUAGUAAUAAUAAUAAUAAUUUUACAGCUGAUAACUGUAGCAGUAUAUAAAAUUUCAGGAUUUCGAGGUUGGGUUUUUUCAUUAGAAUUUUAGAAUGAAUUACAAAUUUAAAGUAAUCUGAAGCUUUUUUGAAAUUUAUUGUUCGCAUGAACAGUUGCUGAAACACAUGUCACUACACUCUUCCAGAAAGUUAUUCUCACAUACAUACACUAGGUAAUAAUAAUUUUGUUGGUCUAACCAAAAUUUCACAGUUUGGAGGCACUGAAAACAACAAAUAAUCUUGAGGAAAAUAAUAAAGGUCAAAAGUGUUUCACAGUUACUUAAUAACAUGGUACGACUUAAUCUGUGGCUGAAAAUGGGUGGGGAGGGUGGUUGGAAUUCUUCUUGUUAAAAUUACAUAGUCCCCCUAGAUAUACAAUAAAAAAGGAUUGAAAAAUGUGACCUAUCAUCAGGUGUGAAAUUUCUGUGCACUUCAUCAAACCUGUUACAUUUAUGAAUCAUUGAGCAACACAACCUGCUGGUUUAAGUGCCGAGCAAUAAUUAGUGUUGGAUAACAUGGCUGCCUCCACCUACUUGGGAGAUUGCAAGGUAGUCCAACAAACCUAUGAAAAGGCAGUUCUUAAAACACAUGGAUUUCUUAGCCAACACCAAAGCGUGGUAAAAUACAGAAAUUUCCAGGAUUUCCAUAUUAUUUUCCUUCACAGCUGCUUAAUUUAGUCUGUUCGGCUGACGAACAUAAGCUCAACUAAACAUUUUACUCCAGAUAAAUUACAUAGUUGCAUAACACGCACUGUUUUUCUUACGCUGAGUUAACAUCUGCCAUUCAUUCUCACACUGUUAAAACCAACAAAAAUUUAAUAAUCAUUAUAUUGGCUUAGUAAUGAAAUUUUAAAAUUAAAAAAUUACAGAACCAAAAUGAAAGUUAAUUAAAUUAAAUGUUAGAAAGGAUGUUUGUACAGAUAUAUACUCAGCAAACAAAAUGAAAAUACAAUUAUUAAGUUAAGAUAUUUUUAUUUUAUAAAAUUUGACAUGGUCGGGGGAUUCGGUAGUAUUUAUAACGUACUUUUAGUGGGCGCCACUGUGUCUAGGGGGCACGGACCCGGCGAGAAGACUCUGUCUCAGGCGUGACGUAGCCCGUGUGGCGGCGUGACUCGUUUCCCCCUUUCGCAAUUACCCUAACCACGCAGUGGGAUCUCAGGGCGCCCCACACGCCGACAAACAACACUCGAAGCACGCAAACACAAUGGCUCUAUGAAAACGCCUCGCGGCAUGCCAGGCACAGCUGUGGUUCAACCACCUCGAUAGGCACACAAAGGCGAAGUCCUCGGAGAGCCGGAACGGAGCGUCUUUCUUCAGCUAGCGACGGGAAGCGACUGCGCGAGCAAUGGCCGCAGAGGUAGCGGGGUGGAGAGGGGGGGGGGGGGGGGGUUUGGCGCCAAGCGCCCUGAACAGUUACCCUGUCUCCCGUCGUGCCGCGGACGUGGUUAGUGAUUGAAAUGCAUAAAAAUUACAAUAAAUUUUAAUAUAAAAACAUAUGGCACUUGGGGAACAAAACAAAAGAUUGCACAGUAUUAUUAUAUCUUGGGGAGCGAAGCACUGAUUCUACAGCGCCCUCUUGCGGCGGCGCGCUAUUUAAAACACGUCAGCCGGGAGGAUUAACAGGAGGGGAGGGAGGUGGUGGCACAUCGGGCUUAGAUGGGCGUAGCCCUGGACGACCUCAAAUUUGUCACAAUCCAGACCUCAUCGGCUGGCAAUGAUCUGAAUUGCACAUAACAUGAACCCUUGAUGAAAUUUUUAUCGAAUGUUCUAAUAUUAUUUAAGUUGCAGAAAAAAAUGUAAAUGUUGAUGAUUGAUUAUUGAAAUAACAUGUCUUGGACACAAACUGAUUUUUAUUGUUAUUACUUUUUUUUUACAAAAAUUCUUAAGUCCUAAUGGCUACUAUCUUGUAACGAUGAAAAAAAUAAAAAUAUUUACAUCAGGAAACUACAAACUGGUCACACAAAACAAUUUCAUUGGCUUAAGACUUAAAUUUCCUGUUAAAAUUUCUAAAUUAAAGUUCCUAAACCAGAAAAAAAUAAUGUUAAUUAUACACGGCAUAGCACCGAUCACAGCCGCAAAAUUCUCUGCCUCUACAUUCCUUUGUUGUUGUGAGCCACCCCCAGACACGGCCUAUGAUCUCCAAAAAGGCCAAGGGCGUUCUUGUGACGUAAUUUCCAAAUAAUCACAAGAAUGCACUUAAAAAUAAUAGCUAAUAUUGGCGCAUGGCAACAGUAUCUCAACCAACUCACGAAUCUUUUCCACAUUUACAGAAUUCUUUCUCUCCCUAGACAUGCUUUCAAACAAAAAACCAUAGCAAAAAAAUAUAAAUAAAUCAAAAAUAACUUACAUGAACACUCAAAAACCUUAGAAACCGAGAAAAAAAAUAUGUAAAAAAUUAUUUUGAAUGAUUUUUUCACAAUAAUAGAACAAGUCAUUUGAAAUAUUAAAAAAAAAUUAAAUAAAUGUAAAUUAUAUUAGCAAAGCAUGUUGAAAAUGCACAAAUACAUCUCAAAAGUAUAAAAAGCUGCUAUUUAAAUCAUACCACAAACCUUACCUUAUAUUAUCCCAUUAUAAAAACAUAAUACUUUUUAAUAAAGUAAUUUACAAAGUGGGGAGGGCAGUAGCCUGGGUGGGUACAAAUGGAAAUGAACAAAACUGUAAAACUGUAAAUUAAAAAAUACCUCAAUAAUACCUCAAUAAUACUCAUGAAUGAAUGCAACUCAACAAUGAAAGCUGGCCAUCUAAGCUUGAAUACCAGAGAAACAUUAGAACAGCAAAUAAUUGUGCUUCUAAUAAAUAUCAAAACAAAUUGAUAUUGCGUAUAACAUAUGUUGAAAAAAAGGUCAGCAAUAUUAUAACCUCACUGCUGAAUAUAUGUUGAGUCAUGUAUGUAAUAAUUUUAUGUGUUUUAUUUAUUUUUGGUAAAAUUAUUGUAAGUAUUUUAAAUUAAAUACAUUAAUUUAUUUUCAUAUUUAAUUUAUUUGUUAAAAAAUGAGUAAGUGUAUAGCUAUUUUCACCUAUUUACGUAUAGUUAUAAUUAUGCACUAUGUAAUGGGUUUGUAUUGGUCCUGAAUGGUUGUUUAUCUGACAAGUAAUUUAUGCAUAUAUUAACGUAUUAUGUCUUCAGCACAAAAAGUUUAAUUUAUAAUUAUGUAUUAUCAUCAGAUAACGACUCAUGUUUUAUUUUUGUUUUCAAGUUUCCUUAAACUUUUCUCUCUCUUUAACUCAGGGAGACAUUCCAACUAUUUGGUGUGGGUUUGUCGAUCUGCUUUUAAGCCAAGAGAGUGAACUCAUAGUGUGAACCAAAUGUCUUGGGAGCUGAGUAGGAGCGUGAGGGGUAAGCACGAUGGAAGGGGAAGCACAAUGGAAGGGGAAUUAGGGGAAGGGCACACGUAUCAGUGGGGCAAGACCAAGGAGGUCCUUAGAUGCUGCGUUUUUCUUUAAUGGCUAUAACCAUUUGAAAUAUGUUGAUCAUGUAGUGCUUAGCAAGCGAUGUGUAAAUACUCGCACCAUCACCACAAUGGUGAUAGAUGUUUUUAGAACAGUUUAUGUGUAACAAGGCUUUGCCGAGUUGGCACUAUUUAAUUAAGCAGGGUUCUGCCUACUACUUUGCUCUGCUGGUCCAUUCAGAUCAACGUGUUUCCAUCGAACUGUCGAGCCCAGCUCGCAAGACGUUUGGCCGCACUACACUGUCUCAGUGUGUGGCAUGUUGUGAUCACCAAAGAAACAAUCAAAUGUUAUGAAGUUGUAUUUGUAAAUACAUUCAAAGUAUCUGCAAGUAUGUUAAACUUGUUACUAGUUGUUGUAGGUAUCAUUAAGGAAUGUUAAAACUUGUAAAAAAAAUUUUUUUAUGAAAGUAUGUUGGAAAAUAUAAUUUUUAUUAUCCAUCCUAUAUUAUUAAUUUUGAUAUAGUGCAAUUACAGAAACUUGGCAUAAUAACUGGGAAUGUAAUUUUUUAUUUAUAUAUUAGUUAAAUUAUAAUUUUUUUAUUUUGGCAAUAGUGUUUGAACUAGACUUGGGAUAAGUACUGGUGAUGUGACCAUUUUAAAGUUGGUGUUGAAUGGCCUAGGUAUUAGACUAAAAUACAUCUUACUAAUGGUAUCAAGAGGUACCUGUUGGAAGGAGGUAUGAAGGCUGUAAUUUUGUUUUGAGCUGUUUGUGUUCUGUUUUUUUUUAACGUUAUGUACUAAUGUUACUAUACAUAUAUUUUGUUCUUUAUUUUCAUUUCCUUUUUCUCUAACAUUUAAAGUAAAUUAAAAAAACUUUCUAAUAAGGCCAGGCAAACUACAGAGAUAGCUGCUAUUAUUUCUUGUGCUAGGCAUGUCACUAGAAAGCCAGCUAGGUGGAGGAUGCUAAGUCACCCACUUCCUUUGGCAAGAAGAAAAGUGGGUAGCUAACCGACAACCAAUUCAAACUUCCAGCAUCUUUGCAAACUGCAGACUUGCUUGGAAUGAACAUGCUGGUGAAACAAUUAUAAAGGGCCUAGGAGAGUGAUUUUUAAGGUGCUUCAAGUACAUUCUCAUCUAGAUUGGUAGAAACUGAUGACUUCACACUCGUACAGUUCCUUUAUUUUGGAUGAACUGCAGAGAAUUUUUCUGUUAGUUUGAUGCAGUUUGCAAAACAGUUUUUUAAUGUUUUGUAUCUUUCCUGCCCAGACUGUAUUCUCGUUACCAAGAAGCCAGCCGUUGAGGUGCUAUCACACCGAGUGGUGAAAGUUUGGCCAAUACAUACCUCUUAAUAAAGCCCAGGAGCAUAUAAAAUAAUGACAGUUUUGUCUAAUUCUCUCAGACUAAAAAAAUUAGGUACUUGUUAAUGUGUGUAUUUUGAGUACAUACCAAAGAGAGUAGUUUUGUUUCUCAUUUAAAAACACAUGGUUACCAUUUAGCAUUUAGUGAAACGUUUUAGAUUAUUUUAAUUAAGUGUAUGUAAUGUUGUGUAUGUGCGGGUUUUUAUUUUAGUGAUGAGUCAAUACUAAUGAUUCUUCCAUUAAGAAUAAGGGGGGAAAAAUCAAUUUCUUGCCAUUUAUUCUGACCAACAAAUGUCUACCCUUGUGUUGGCCACCGCUUAUCUAGAAUGUAUACUUAAGUAUAAUUUUAAGCACAUUAUUACAGCAGGCAGGUACUAUGCACGCUUAAGAGCAAUAACAUGGAAAACAUUUCUUGGCAAUAUUACAGUGACAAAUGUACAUUAACCUAGGUAAAUUGUAUUUUAAAAUGAGUGUUCAUUUAGUUGGUUCAUAACACACCCAUCCAACUAUUUUUAUUUUUGUCAGUGGUUGUAAUAGAUAUUUAUAGCAUAAAGAUUGGUUGCUUGCUUGCCUGUAAUUUGUGACUUUGGUGGCCUUUUGUUAUUAAAAACCAGAGUACAGUUUUUUUACAGUUUUUAUUUAGUAAAUAUAUUGCUGUGUUGCUGUUUCAAAAAAUGUAGUUUUGUGCUUUGCUAAUGGUUUUUCAAAGAAGUUUUUGUGUACUAUUUUGAGGUACUUAACCAGUUGGACAGUAGUUUUAGUUCUAUUAUUUCUGUUUUAAUUAGAAUAAUUGUCAAUAUCAUCACUACAUAGUUUGCUUAUUAAAAAACACAGUUUUUAGUAAUGUUAUUCUCAACCACAACUUUCUUACUUGCUUUUAAAGUUGUGUAGUACUUCUAGAAACAUUGCCUAGUGUUACGUUAUGAAUGCCAUAAAGUAAUAUGGUGAAAUGUCUUUAAUCCGGCGCCAAUUAAGCUGCUUGCGUUUAGAUUUUUCCCGGUGGAAUCUGUUUACGUUGGCCAGGUUGCAUUACUGCACUGCCGAUGUUUUUAGUUUGUCAGAGUUUAUCGUUAUUGUCUGUUUUAAUGUCAGCACAGUGUUUUUUUUUUUUUUUUUUUUGGCGGAUUAUACUUCACAUUUUACUUUUGGUAAUUGAGUGAAAAAUAUAUUGACAUUCAGUAACCUAGACAAAUUGUAGUGAUCCCUUUUUAUGUUUGUAGGAGGCAGUAGAAUUCAAGUACCUAUUACUUCAAUUUUUUUUUGUUUCGCUAAAUUUUUAGAAAUAUUUGAAGUUUUUGAUGAGCCAUUUAAAGUAAAGUUCUAAUAUAGUGCGUAGUUUAAUAAUGUAGGCAAUCAUAGUGCAGCCAGUAGAUUUAGUGGCAUAAGUUAAUUGAAACACUUAUGGUAACUUAUUAAAAUCAUCAGCAGCAUUCUGUACGUAAUCAGAAAAUAUGGACAUGUUAUAAUUAACCUUGCUAUAAGAAUUUUAAGAAAUUAUAGUAUUUUGAUGCUCUGUUACAUGAUAUUCAUGAAUUUUCAUUGAAGUGUCAUUACAUAGGUAAAUGUAACAUUUUUUUUUUAUCAUUUUCAAAGUUACAUUAGUGAGAAAUGAAUCAAAAUAUGCAAUAAUAAUUUAGUGUGCCUCAUGAAAGCUACUUUAAACAAAACUGCUGUAUAUUGUGGGUAGUAUGGAGUGAGUUUGAUGGGUGCUCAAAAUUUCAGAUAAUUUCUCUAGUGUAAUGAAGCUUGGAUUUUGAGUUCAGUAUUUUCCUCUUGCAAAAAAAAAGGUUUUGGUAGAUUUCUUAGCGUGGUUUUCGUAGGGUGCUAAUUUGUCUAGCCAUUUAAUUUUUUAAUCUUCACUACUAUGGCUUGUACAAAAGUGCAUUGUUGCGUGGUGUGAUAAUUUUCACAUGUAUAUUUAAUCUGUGACAUCCAGCACCUUGUAAUAAAAAAGAGUUACCAAAAAUUAAAUUUUUUCAACAUUUUAUACUCUUUCUUUAUUUUAUUUUUUUACUUAUCAAAAUUAAUUUUUUAAAUAAAUAUUUAUAAUGAUUAAUAAAAUAUGACAUGUAAAGAGAGGACACUUGAUUACCUUUUUAUUAGAGGUCUGAGAAUGGUUAGCAAUAAGAUAAAGCAACCUAAUUAAGAUGCUGGCAAAUAAAGUUUCUAAUCAUACUUUAACAUCAUACUAAUUCUUAGUAAUAUGAUUGUAGUUUCCCUUUGUAAAUUCUGUGCCAGUUCAUUUAAGUAAAAAAGUUAAAAAAAAAAACAUUCCUUACAUUGAAUUUUUUAAUUCAAAAUUAUGUUUGGAAAAAAUUUUUUGUCUAGGAUUUUUAAUUUAUUCUUUACAAGUAUUUAUAGUUUGUCAGUAUUAAAAUAUUCCAAAUUGCCUGAUUUUGUAGGGCCGUGCUAAAAUUAUUUCAGAUGGAUUGUUAUAUAUUUGAAGCCAAAAUUUUAAACUUUUUUUUCAAUUCAUUCCAUUAAAAUCUAACUAAUAUAUUAAUAUAAAUUAACAUAACACCAAUUAUUUUAAAAUUGUCUUACCAAAUUUGAAACAUUUUGAAACUUAUUUGUGUAAAAUUUCAACCUGUGUUCCAGGAACUUGAAAGUGCAUGUGGAUCCUUAAAAGUCCUGUACAAAUAGCAUGACUAAGAGAUAUACUGAACAGUGGAGAAAAUCAAUUGAUGUCAAAAAAAGUAAAUGACCACCAUUUUGUUUUGUCAAGCUACUGAACUAUAAAAGCGUAAUGAGGCUGGACAAGUUUUGGCUGUACUAUGAAGUUGGAAACUUGAGUAACUGUAAAAAUUUUUAAGAGAACGUACACGCUAAAAAUGAUACUAAAUGCAUGAAGGUGUAAAAUGGUGAAAAUUUAUCCUUUGUUAGGUAAUAUAAGCAUUACUUGGGACCACAGGAAAGUGGUGUAAAAAAUAUAAAAGUUUGUAAAUUUGAAGGGUUAUGGUGAUAAGGGGGCCAUAAAUAGGGAUUUUGUACUGACUUUCUAUACACAAAAGUUGUAUAUGAACAAAUGUUUGAAAAGAUAUGUGUAUUUAUGUGGAUAAAAUUUCAAAAUAUGUUUUCUCAUUUUCUUACAGCUAGUUUAUUUACACUCAGAAACUAUUAGGAUAUGUUUAAAAUAUUGUUGCCCUUGCAACCAUCAUAUGUUGCUUUUAUGUUAUAUUUUGGUCCCAUUUAUAAGAUGGCCUUACUUUUUUAUAAAAUGAUGUAUAAAUUAAUUUACUCUUCUAGUUGUACUGAGUAUACAUUCGUCUUCCGUGAAAUAUACUUAUAGUAAUUAUUGGGUUCUUGUGUAAUGUCCAAGGCAAAGUAAUUGGCAGUUUUGUAUCGCUCGUAAUAGCUGCUUUGUGCAGUGUCCUGUAUGUCUUGUGCUGACAACUAUAAUCUGUUAUUUCUGCAUUUAUAGAGCAGUUUUGAAAUUUUACCAAGCCAAAAGGAUUGUUUGGUAUCUAUCAUAUAUUGGACAUCAGUUUGUGUUUAGCAUUUUGUAUGUUUAUUUUGUUUCAGUUUCAACACACUGCAUUUUAAUCAUGUAUACUGUUUACUAGUGCAAUUAUGUAUUAAAUAAUUAUGACUAAGUUUAAUCCAGUGAGAAGCAUACAAUCAAAUAUUUUCUUGUACUAUUGUGUUUUAAUAACAUGCAGUUUACUUUAAAAUGAAUACUGUUGCAAUUAUUUCCUCUGUUGAAUUGGGAUUCUAAGGGUCAAACGGAACUGAAGUCUGUAGUUUUCCAAUAAUUUUCUUUAUAUCUCAUGAUUACGAAUAUCUUUAACCAAUCUGCUGAAGAGAUAUUAAAAUUGCUGGAGUUUCA